UUUUUAAACACGCAUUUUUUAAAAAUGAUACCAACCAAUGUAAUACAUAUUAAAACACACACAUUUACUAUGGUUAAACACAUUUGUACGUUAUCAUUAGACUAUUUUCACAUCUGACCUUAAAAACGUAAGACUUUUAGUUUGAAAGGUCAACACGGAAGUAUGUGUUCCUUCCUGGCCUCACAGAGGCAUGCUGGGAUAUGUGUCAUGGCGGCAUGUUGUUGUUGUUGUGAAGAUGCAGCGCGCGGUGUCUUCUUUUCCUCUCAGCUCCGGUGUGAAGCUCAAACUGCUUUCAGCCGGAUUCCGUUUCGCCGGGGAUCUGCAGCACGUGACCCCGCCAAAACUGAGCCACGAGGCUGGUUUGUCCCAGCAGGAGGCACUGGAGGCGCUGCAGGUGGUGACUGGAGGAGGGGCAGCGGCUUCUCUCACGGCAAUGGAGCUCCUGCAGAUGGAGGCGGAGUUAAGGAACAUUGUGACCUUCUCCUCUAAGCUGGACUCCGCCCUCGGAGGCGGAGUUCCUGUUGGGAAAACAACGGAAAUCUGUGGAACACCGGGAAUCGGAAAAACACAACUGUGCCUGCAGCUGUCGGUGGAUGUGCAGGUGCCUCCGUGUUUCGGCGGGGUCGGAGGUCAUGUGAUCUUCGUGGACACUGAGGGAAGCUUCGUGCUGCAGCGAGUCAUUGACAUCGCCGCCGCCGCCGUCAGACACUGCUCCUUACUGGCGGAAGACGAUGAGCAGCGCGGCGCCAUGACGACGUUCACCGUGGAGACGAUCCUGUCCAACAUCUUCUUGGUGCGUUGCCAUGACUACGUGGAGCUUCUGGCCGAGCUCCACCUGCUGCCCGACUUCCUGUCCGAUCACCCGAGGACCCGCCUCCUGGUGAUCGACAGUGUGGCGCGUCCGUUCAGGGGGUUUGACGACCUGUCGCAGAGGACACGCCUCCUCCAGGGCCUCGCCCAGCAGCUGGUCGCCUUGGCAACCAGACACGAUUUGGCGGUCGUGAUCACCAACCAGAUGACCACACGGGUGCGAGGCAGCCAAUCGCAGCUGGUCCCCGCACUCGGGGAGAGCUGGGGCCACGCCUCCACCAUAAGGCUCCUCCUACAGUGGUCGGGUUCGCAGCGGCUGGCGACCGUCGUCAAGUCUCCACGUCACAUGGACGCCACUGUCCAAUACCAGAUCAGCUCUGACGGCUUCAGAGACGCUGACCAAUCAGACGAGAGACAGGCAGGCGUGUGAUUGGUUGAAGGCUGUUGUCCCGUCUUUAACAUUAUGUAAAUAUGUGAUGCUGUAAAUACACAAUAAAUAAUAUUUUCUACUUUAA